UAAAGUUUUAAGGUCCACUUUUAAUCUUUUGCUAGCUCAUUCAUAUUAUUUUGGAUUUGAACACUCUAUCCCUCUCACUCUCUUCAAUUCCUCUCUGAUUUCAUGACAGUGAAGUAUUUUUGUAUGGUGAUGAGGAUCAAUAUUGACUGCAAUGGUUGUUAUAGAAAAGUGAAGAGAACCCUUCUUGAAAUGCCAGAGUUGGAGAGCCAUUUCUUAGAGAAGAAGCAAACCAGGGUAAUUGUGUGUGGCAGUUUCAUCCCUCAAGAUGUUGCAAUCAAGAUAAAAAAGAAAACAAAUCGAAGAGUUGAGAUAUUGGACAUACAAGAUUUGAGUGAAAACAAUGCUGAAAAUAUAGAAGAACAGAAACCAAGCACUAGCCCCCAAAAGCCAAUUGAAAGAAAUAUGUUUGGAUUGAUAGAAACAAAGAGAGAAAUGCCUGCCCUCAAUCAUAGAGUUCAAUACACAACAAAUUGCCACUUUUAAAUCAUUAGAAUAACACUAAAUUUUGUAAUUUUGAUCAUUCUAGUGAUAAUUUUUCAUAAUUUAUACUCAUAUUUUUGUAAGUGGGUUUAAUAUACUUGAAAAGAUAGAUCUUAUUUACUUUUGUUCAUGCCAUGAAGUUUAUAAUAUACAUGUUAAUUCUCUGAUGAUACCGGACCUCAAAACUGAAGAGAGAAACUCUAAACCAAUCAAAUGACUUCUAGAAAAAUAUGCCUAUGUUAUGUUCAGUUCAAAAAAUUGAUCUACAUAUUUUUCUUAUUCUUAAUAUAUUAUAAAAAGAAUUUUAAAUUGACAGAAGAAUGAGUAAUAAUAUAUGAGAAAUUUGUUAUAUCAAUUCCUUGAUACUAUACUAAAUAAAAAAAUAAAAAUAAAAAGUAACCAAAAAAAAAUACUAUUUACAUUUUACACUACACUUUGGUGAAGUACUUCAAAUAUGUAUAACUUUUAUUACUUUUUAAUGAAAGAAACUUCUAUUACACCACUCAAAGUAACUUUACACAUGCCCCUCCACUAAUACAACAUACAUAUUUUAUUCAUCUAUGUAUCCAUCAUUAUACACCUCAUAUAUAGAUACAUGAGGUGAUAAGAUAUGUUACAUACGAACCAACUCACUCAAAAA